GGUGGACCAUUAUGGAGAGCAGAGCUUAGAACCCGGUGUGAGGAAGUAUUCCUGUGAACUCACACUGGACACCAAAACAGCACACAGAUACCUCAAACUGUCUGACAGCAACAGGGAGGUGACACGUGUGAGAGAGGAGCAGCGAUAUCCUGAUCAUCCAGAGAGGUUUGACUCCUGUCCUCAGCUGAGUUGCAGAGAAGCUCUGACUGGUCGCUGUUACUGGGAGGUCGAGUGGAGAGGAGGGGUUCAUAAAUCAGUGACUCACAGAGGAAUCAGCAGGAGAGGAGAGAGUAAUGACUGUUUGUUUGCAGGGAACAAUCAGUCCUGGAGCACAAUAACAAAGAAACAGUCCUCCUCCUCCUCCUCCUCCUCCUCCUCCUCCUCCUCCUCCUCCUCCUCCUCCUCCUCCUCCUCCUCCUCCUCCUCCUCCUCCUCCUCCUCCUCCUCUGGUAGAGUAGCAGUGUAUCUGGAUCGUCCUGCUGGCUCUCUCUCCUUCUACAGAGUCUCCUCUGACACACUGACCCACCUCCACACCUUCAGAACCACAUUCACUGAACCUCUGUAUGCUGGGUUUGGGUUCUGGUCAUUAAACUCCUCAGUGUCUCUGUGUCCUCUGUAGGAGGAGACCACUUCCUGUCCUGUUGUAAUGUCCCUGGUCUCGGGGGACAUUACAUGAGUGAAGCAAGAGGUAUCUUCCAGUCGUGUGGUUGAAAUGUUGGUAGUGACGCGGCUACACUUUGGUUGUGCCUUUACAGGAGAAGCAGCAUUUAGUUAUAAUGCUCCGUAUAUCUGCAGAAUCUCCCAGUAAUCAAGUGUCUCACUCUUUUAAUAAAUGUUUUUUCUAUGUAUUAAAAUGUGUUUUUUAAAUGUUUCUUUUGCUCUUUGUCGUAAGUAUUGUGAUGUUUUGUAAAGCCCUUUGCAUUGUCUUGUUGAUGUGCUGUAUCGAUACACUUUCUCUUUCUGGCAGAAAUGUUUCGUUCCUUUGUAAAAUGGAGAAAUCAUGUUCUCUGGGCUGAACUCUGUGUGUACAAACUGCUGGGACAUAUAUGCAGUUUAAUAAAGCUUUCUUUAGAGCAGCAUCUAAUAGCUCCUAAUAAUAUAUGUAAUAAUUGUUAUGAAGUUCAAUAAAGGUUUGAAAACAAAACAAUCUGUCAA